AGAAAUUUCAGUAUUUCUUUCAUUCUGUUCUUUGUUCUCUGUCUCUUCACUCAAGUCCUAGCAAUGAACGGUGGCGUCGUUGAUUUUAUCGAAGAAAACGGAAACGGAAGCGAUUCCGAUGCGAAUUCCGAUGGCUCGCCUGAAUACUACGAGCCGAUAUCGGCCGUGGACGACGAAGGCAGCUCGGAGGGAGAUGACGACGUCGAGUUCCGGCAGCUUCCGAACGGGUUUGGAGUGCACGAUGUGGCGGAGAACGGAAUAUCGUCGCUGGAUCUGAACGACCAAAAGAGCAGCGAUGAGGAGGAAGAGGAGGAAGAAGAAGAAGAAGAGAGAAGACAGGAAUUGGAGACGGCGAUGAGGGAGGACGAGAACCGGAGGAACGCGCCGUUGACGGCGGAGAACGCGACGAGAGUGAUGGAGGCGAUGCGCGGCGUGUCCUUCGCUGGAGUGGCUCCCGAAUGGGUUGCUCAAGUUCCCGAAGAUCGUUGGAUUGAUCAGCUUCGCAGAUUGAGACAAUCAUCCAACACGUAAAGCAAAAAUUAGAUACUCGGAUUCAAACGAUGUUCCGUUUCCUUCUAGUUCUGAAUUUCUCCCAUUUUUUCUUGUUAGUUACUAUUUCCAAACGUGUCUUCGGAUCAACAUUUGCGAAAUUGAUUUCAGAUUAAUUUAAUUUUAGUUAAAAUAAGUGUUCUGUAAGUAAAAUUUUAUGUUUGAAAGUGUUUUUAACUCUAAUACUAUACAUGAAAUAUUGUUUGUUCAAAAUAUAGUUGCACUAUGAUGUGUUCAAUUGCUGUUAUUCUUUACCUGGAAUUAAAAUUUUACUGUAUAAUAAAAUUCUCAAUACACAAAGGUCAGUAAAUAUUAUCGAAUAAAACUCUGGUCAGAGAAUAUCACAAAUAAUACUUAAUUUGCUACACCUAAAUUAUUUAUGCUUGAAUCAUGUUUUGGUGCAUUUUUACAUUAGAAAUACCGCUCAUUGUUUUUCCAAAAAUGAUCAAAAUCGUGGCGAAAGGACGAAACGUGAGAAUUAUUUCGUAAUGUUCUUAUUGACAAACAUUAUAAUUAUUGUUUGGCAAGUAUUGUUUCUUCUAAUCUGAAAAUUCUAUCGCCGAGUACAAACACUUAUUUAACUCGUUCAUAGCGUCAAUUCGUGAAUUAUAAUUUAACUUCAAAACUGGGAUUCAAAUCUGACUUUAGCUGCUCCUUGCUAACAAAGCUUCAAGAGAAUGCAUUCUCUUGAUUUAGCCCGCGCAAAUUUUCCCAUGAAAUAAAAUAAUAAAUAUUGCUUUUGCUCAUUGGAAGCCGAAGAAGGAGCAAGGUCCCACAGCCUUCUUAAGCACCAAUGUUUUCAAUAUCAGCGCCUUUGUCCAUUCUUUUCACAAUUCCAGCAAUAACCUGAAGUGAGACCAAAACAACACAAAUUAGCAGAUGUACUUGCAAAGCAGUUCCACAAUAUGUAGUUUAUCGAUUGUCUAAAUUUACUACCUUUCCGGGUCCCAAUUCAUAGCCUUUCUUCAGACCCCUGUUAAGAAGAGUCUUCACAGUUGUUUCCCAUUGAACAGGUGAAGUAACCUGCCAAUUGCAUCACAGGUGUAAUUAUUUCUCUUUCAUGUGUCAGUGUGUUUGGAAACCAAUCAAUACCGCGUUUCAAGCUAUAACUUGUGGCGUUGAAAUAGAUUCACGUCUGAGUGAAUUUGAUGCGAAUUUAAAUACACAUGUUGGACAGAAACAAGUAAAACCACAUACCUGACGUGCCAAGAUCUUCUUUAUUGUGUCAGGAUCUGCAUGUGGCUGUGCAUCCACAUUGGAGAUGACUGGUAUUCUUGGGGUUCUGAUUUCUGUUGUUGCCAAUGCUGCUUCCAAUCUUGACACAGCUGGUUCCAUAAAACUAGUGUGGAAAGCACCGGCAACAGCUAGGCGCACCUGCCAGAGAGAGGUAAUGGCGUUAUUUCUUUGAGGAAAGGUGGCAUGGGAAAGAGAAGAUUAGGGGCAAACUCAUACUGUCAUUCGAGCCUUGAAAGACUUUGCCUUGGACUCCAGCACUUCUACUCCUUUUAAUCCUCCAGAUACAGCAUAGUUUCCCUACCAAAAAACAACACGUUGCUACUCACUAUAAAAUCUAUAAACAGAAUUUUGCUUAAGUUUGUAAAAAGGUAGAUCCACAAGAGAACCUUACUGUACACAGGUAAUUGGCAAUCUGAACUUUCUCAGCCUCAGGAACUUCCUGAUUGGCUGCAUCACACAAUUGUUGGACCUUCUCAGAGUCCAGUCCUAUCACACUAACCAUAGCACUUUUAGCAGCAUCAGCAGCAUCCUAGAAAAAGAUCAAAAGUUAUUCAUGCGAUAUACAAAUUAUUAUCCAAACUAGUUAUGUGAGUCAGACAAGCCACUAAACCAGCUACCAGAUAUUGCUUACCUGCAUAGCCUCACCCCUCAGUUUGACCAACUUAAGCCCAUCUUCAAAGCUUGAAAGUCAAAUUAAAUAUAUGGGGUCAAUGUCAUGUCAAUUAAGAGAAAGUUGAGCCUCAAGCAAAACCACUCAAAGAACACUUCGGUCACACAGCUUAAAUGUGCCAAAGUUAGAGAGGUUAGAUAAAUAUUCAUUCCCCAUAUGCUGCAAGCUGACAAAGAAUGGUUCUAAACUUCAUGUGGAAAGAGACUUUUCCCAUAGGCUACAAACCAUAAUUUCAUUUACAAGGUACUGAUGAGAUUUAAAGCAAAAAACAAACCUUAAGUCAAUUCUUCACAUUCAGAGAAACCCAGGGUUGAAUCAUUCACUCACAAUAUCCAAUUAGUUUCUCUAUUGCCAUUGCUAUCCUAAAAGUAAAGAUUUCAAAACUAUAUGACAAUGUCAGGGCAAAAGUGAAAGGGUACGUAUGCCAUAAUUACUUAUUAUUCUUUUAUUUUUGUGAAGAUUUCUUGAUAAAUGGGGAUAUGUGUGAAAAAAAAA